AUUCGGCUCAGAGAUUCGGCUUCGUGCAACCGGUCCCAGAACUCGGCGCGCGCUCAAGUGACGUCACUAUCUAAACCAAAAUAUUUGUAUUACAUAAGUAUAAUAUUAUUUUCAGUUAUGCCGCCUCGUACACUUCGUAUUAAGAAAUUAUUUUGAUGUUGGACCAUUGGAUCAAAUAACUUUUGAAGUUAUCGUUUCCUCUCUUCAGUCAUUUGGUGAAGACAAACGCCCGUAUUCUAAAAGCUCACUCACACUCACUGAGUUAUAGAGAAUGGCUGCGUUUGCUCAGAACGUUCAUGAGCAAGAAACAGUUGACGAAAAAACAGAAAAUGAACAAUUGAAACAAGAAUUGGAACUUUUCAAGCGAGACGCAAAUGAUAUAUUGCAACAGAAGGAUGAAAUAAUAGAACGUGAAAUGAAUUCAAAUUACCAGUUAACGAAUAAAUAUUUCCAGUUAAAGAAUGAACAUUACCAGUUAAGGUGUGUAAAUUACCAGUUAACGAAUUCAAACAUCGAGUUACAAACAAGAAUCAACAAACUAGAGCAUGAAAAGAGCAUGACAAUUAACUUUAAGAGACAUUUACAAUCUAAAGGUGAAGUUUGUGAAUACAACUGUGUGAUAUCUUGCCUUGUCUACAUAUAUGAGAGAAAGUAUGGUAUGCGUCUGUGUGAAAGGAAUUUGGACGUUAUUAUUGUCGAACAUAUGGUUAAGCUCCGAUCAAUUCGUGAUAAAAAUAAGGAUUUGCAGUGUUAUCAAAAUGAGGAUUUGCAGUGUAACCAGUUUAUGCAACGUCUGAUACUCUCUGGAAUAGUUCCUGUGUACAGGGACUUUGAUUUUACGGGUGAUGAAACUAAGCGGAAGCAGAUAGCAGAAGAAGCAUGGAAAUGUAUUUCAACAGUUGCUGAUGUAUCAGUUCUCAUUCUUGGAAUGAUUAAGAUUUCUGGUAUUGGUCAUUGCGUUGUUUGCAAUAAUCAGGCAGAAGUAAAUGGACUCCUUUACGAUCCACAGAAUGAAAAAGAAUUUAUAAAAGAUUUUGAGGAAUUCUCUAAGGAGUACCAAGGUUUACGGGUAUGUCUAGUCAGUUUGGAAAAAUUGAAAGAAAUCAUUGAACCUCAUGAAAAAGAAAAUCUUGUACAUUUUACACGUCACAAUCCGUCACAUCCAUCGUGGCAGCCAUCGUCACAUUUGUCGUCAGAGUCGUUGUAACAGCCAUCGUCACAGCCAUCGUCACAAUCGUCGUCACAGUCGUUGUUAUAGGUAUUGUCACAGCAAUCGUCACAUUCGUCGUCACAGUUAUCUUUAGAGACAUCGUCUCAGCAUUGUGCAGUGGGAAGCUUAGACACAAUUAUAAGAUAGCUGGGAACGGUGACAUGCAUGGUCUCAAUUUACAGAAAACAUUCAUGGACAAUAGUGCAAUUUGUUAGAUAAUUUAGAUUAUAUCACCAAAAAAUAACGUGUUAAUUAAUCAAGAAAUAGCUUUACUACGCAUGUGCUUAUGUAAGGAACUUUAGCUGUAGUUAAUGAUAAUCAAAGUAUGUAUACUAAUAGUUUCCUAAUUAAUAUUUUAACGUCACUAUUACACGAAA